AUGCCUCACGCAGCUUCUUCACCACCAAAAAUGUUCAGUCGCAUCAAGGAUAAAUUCUCAACCAAGAAGACCAACACAGAAUACGAAGAGAAUAGUUACAACUACAGCAUGGGCAACUCAAACUCAAAUAACACCCCAAGCCAUCGCAGCAAAAACCCCUUCCUCGAUACUCCUGAUGAGGCUCCUCCUGCUUAUGAAUCCACACAAAAGACAGCCCCCUUUCUUAACCCUCGCGGCGCAUCUCCAGCUCCCAGCAUCUCCAGCGUCACCAGCGCCGAAGACAAGUAUGCUUUCCUCUCCACCUUCGAUACCAUCUUUGUCAUCGACGACUCUGGCUCCAUGGCCGGUCGCUCGUGGCGAGAAGUCCGCGAUGCCCUCAGCGCCAUCGCCCCUCUCUGCACGUCUCACGACCCAGACGGUAUCGACGUUUACUUCCUGAACCACCGCUCCCCCGCCGUCGGUUCCGGCACCCAGGCCCCUGGCGGAUACUUCCAUAUCCGUGACGCCCGCCAGGUCCAGCGGCUGUUCGAGUCUGUUCGUCCCUGCGGUUCCACACCCACGGGAUCUCGUCUUCACAGCAUUCUCAAACCAUACGUUUCGCACAUCUCCCACCGUCCGGGUAACCUUGACGCGACCAAGCCGGUCAACAUCAUCGUCAUCACCGACGGCUGUCCCACCGACGAUCCUGAGAGCAUCCUUGUGCACCACGCCAAGAAGCUCGACCAGAUCGAGGCGCCCCCUCACCAGGUUGGAGUCCAGUUCUUCCAAGUCGGAAACGAGCUCGGUGCCACAAAGGCUCUUCGAGAGCUAGACGAUGACCUCGCUGAGCAGGGCAUUCGCGAUAUGGUUGAUACAGCGACUUGGAACUCCACUGGCUCGGACAACAGUAAGGCGUUGACGGCAGAUGGAAUCCUCAAGGUUGUUCUCGGUGCGGUUGUGCGACGCCUGGACAGGAGAUCUACUCGUGGCUCUCCUCAGGGUCGUGGUCACUAA